AUGACCACACGUGGGGGCCGCCCACUGCCGCUCUCGUACUACAUGCAGUCACCGGGAUCGACGGCGACGGCGGAGGAGGCGCCGCCCGUCGACCCAUUUACAACAGUGCUGGGCGGCCGGACGUUCCACGAGGCGCUGCGGAGCGACAACGGCUUCCCAGUCGUCACGUCGUUCCUGCUGGGCGGCGUGGACGCCAACGUGCGCGACAGGAAUGGCGCGGCGCCGCUGCAUCUGGCGGCCGCGCGGGUCACCUCGACGGCCCCCGGCGGUGGUGACGACAACAACGAUGACGAUGAUGAAUUGGGCGCCGCUGACUGUCCCAACCGGAUGAUCAUCGCGUUUCUCAUCGACAACGGGGCGGAUAUCAAUCUCCGAAAUUCAGCCGGCGAAACGCCGCUGAUGGUUGCUGCCGCCACGCUGAACGUCGGUGCGCUGCGGCUUCUGCUAGAAAAAGGGGCCGACACCACGCGGCGCGACGAUAUGGGGCAUACAGUUUUGUAUCACGCCGCCCCAUACCCACACGUGUUGCAGAUGAUGCAGACUUGGAUGGAAGACCUUCCCGAACGGGUGGCACGGGAGUAUCUCUUGCAUAGAGUUUGUCGACAGGGACGUGGCGCGGAGUUCACCGCUCUUUUCUUCAUUGAGCAGCUGGGUGUCGAUGUAAAUGCGCGCGAGGGUGAGGCCGCUGCUGUUGCUGCUUCUAACGACAACGACGACAAGGGAAUGGUUAACCACCAUGAGUGGGAGUCAACGGCUGUGGUGACGGUACAGGAUGGGUUUACCCCACUGCAUUGCGCCGUGCUCGCCGGGGAUACUCUCCUCGUCUGCACGCUGCUGCUGAAAGGCGCCGAUGCAGAGAAGCCUGACGCUUCAGGUGUGACUCCGAUUCAACUGGCGGCCAAAUAUGCGAUGCCGUCUUCGGCACCGUGCUUCCUCUUGCGUUUCUGCAGAGCACUAUUGCCGCUUCGCUCGGGAAGCGCGGCUGCGAAGGGCGAAAACCCGAGAAGGGUAUACGCCAUUUUAAACACAUACCGCAAUGAGACGUCGUCUUCCCGACGCGAGGCGAUGCUGCAACGUGAGGUCGCCAGGGGCACUUCGCUGUGGGACCUCAACACCACUCGUGAUGUUGUGUUGUUCGCGGUGGCGGCGACUCUUCCGCAUAGCCUCGUUGCACUUUGUGCUGCUGCGACGACGCACUUAUGGGUUGCGAUUGCUGUUGCUCUUCUGUGCCUUUCGUGGUGCGCGAAGUUUAACAGGUGCGACGCCAGGCGCUGCAAUGCACGGCCGUUGCGGUCGGUGGGGCUCUUCGCCGGCUACGCCGUGGUGUUGUUCAUGUGCUGCGUCACCCGACUCGGCGCUGCAGGCCCCAUGCUGCUCUUCUGUGCCGCUGCCAGUGUCGUCUGUGCGUUGCUAGUGGCGUUCAGGGGCCCCGCAACGGUUGAAUCCACCGCGACACAGCGGCUCGGCAUCUACAAGACGUUGUUCCACGCGAAGGGCGCGCUGCCGGAGGACGUGCGGCACAGCAUCGACCUGCACUGCAUGGUCAAGAAGCCGCUGCGGGCGCAGCGCUGCCGUCAUCUCGGUCGCGUGGUGUUACGAUUCGACCACUACUGCACGUGGCUGGCUAGCAGCAUCGACGGCAGCACUCACCGUGCGUACGUCGCCUUUCUCUUUUUUUAUACUGCGCUUCUCGGAGGACACUGGUACGGAGUUUACACGUCAGCGCCACAAGGCGAUAUUGCGGACGCGUCUGAUAGAGAUUUGGCGUUGCAGCGCUAUAUUGAAGUCUACGUGUGGCUUGUGCUACCAGUUGCCUUUUCGUUUUUCUUGCUUACGCUGCUGCAACAACUGUGGUAUAUUGGCCGUGAGGUUACGUCAUACGAUGUGGCGCACCCUUCGCGUUGCCCGUGGUGCUUCACGUUGGGGCCGCGCACGUACUCGUUAUUUGACGCCGGUUUCACUGAGAACAUGCGCCGCUUCUUUCUGAUGCGUGAGGAUUUUUUGGCUCGCAACUACCGCAUGCCGUCGAUGAGCGCAAGGCUGCAGAAGAUGGUAAAGGACCACCAGGCAAUGCAAUUUUCGCCUUGCCAAAACGGCCGUUGCCACUCACACGCUCAUGGAAACGUCGGAGACUCGCACAAUGGACACUUGGAGCUGGCGCAGGAUCAGAGCCAUUGCAAGCCACAGCAGCUGCCGUCACAACAGCAGCAACGACAACAAGCGAUGCCCGGUUUUAAUUUAUUCGCGAAUACAGACAAUAACAGUGGGAGGGGAGCCAGUUCUUUGGCAGGUGGAGAAGAAGCUGCAGAGGCCUUUGUUGCCGCGCCCGCUGCGUCACCAAAUCCUGAGGCCGCUGUGGGGCGCCUCUUUCAGCUAAUGGUGCAGCACAACAGCGCCGACGUGACGGCUGCGGGCGAUGUGCAGGCCAGUAUUCCUCCAGGGGAGUGGCAGGAGGUGGUGGCGAAGGCACAGAACAUGUUCGGCUUCUUCAAGAAGUCAUUGAAUGGGGGAAGGUGA